AUGUAAUAAUAAGAAAUCAACCAUGCGCUAAAAAAUCCAUUUUAGCCAAUUCUUAAGAAGGUUUUAAAGGUUGAUGAGGAAUUGGAGAGACUAUCAUCAGAAACAUUCUAUAACCCUUUCGAUGUAUUGUAUUUGGGAAUGGAAGCUACAGAUGAAGAUAUCAAGAAAAUGUUCAACUCUUUCUCAAAAUUAUUACAUCCAGACAAAUGUCAAGAUCCUAGGGCUAAAGACUGUUGGUAAAUAGUUGAUUAAGCAUACAAAACAUUGAUGGAGUCUGAGAAGAGGAAGGUUUACAUUAGAAUUAUGAGGGAAGCCAGGGAGAAAACUGAAUUCGAAAGACUUAGAGAAAACAAGAGAAGAGAAAAAACUGGAGUUGCUCCUUUGCCACCUGAUACUUUCGAGAGUGAUUUUUAAAAAUAAUGCAAGAAUCUAUUUAGUGAAAUAGAAGACAGAAAAUAACAUCUUAUGAGAUUAGAAUCAUCAUAAAAGAGAUACAAAUUAGAUGAGUAUGAAAGAAGGAAAAUGUUGGAAUAGUAUAAAGUAUUGACUGAGGAGGAGUGGGAAAAGACUAGAGAUGAUAGAGUUAAUAAAUGGAGAGAAUUUAAUAACAAGAAAACUGCCAUUGGGACCAAGUAAUCUAAUAAGGGGAUCAGACCUCCUACUGAAAACAUUGAGGCUAGACCAUCUGAAAUGCCAACUAAGAAAGGAGAUUUUAAAAAUAUUAAAUUAGAUUGA